GUAAGCUUUUACAAAGAAGAAGGAGCACUUCAAAGGAUUUGUCAUUUACCUCUCGCAAAAUUUAAAAAUUCUAAUUAAACGCUAAAUAUGAAUUUGUUAAGUGCAAAAUACAGUGUGCAUGUAGAAAUAUGUCUUAAGCCUAAUCAGAACCGUUUGGAAACGCUGGAAGAAUUGCUUGACGCACCCAUGCGUGAAUAUCUUUCUAUGGUGAAAGUGCCGCUAGGUGAAUCUGUAAAAGUAGAAGGUUCUACCUUUGAGAGCAAUUCUGGCCUGAAGGAACUGCAAUUUGUUGAAUCAAUUUUAAUAGAAUGUGAAGCCAAACACAUUGGCGAGUUUUUAAAUGAUGCGGAUUUGAGGCAUUUAAUUCUACACUUCUACUGCCCACACAGACGUGUAAUGGAGCUGGAAACAUUCGAUGUGGAAUCGGGUGAUGCUGGCGAUGGCGAUGCAGUACCUGCGUCCAGUCAUUGGCUUUUGCCAUCUAACAGUUUUCUGCAUUUAUGGGAGAAUCUUAUUUAUGAAGAUGGUUUGAAGGAGAAGCUUCUAAAAUUUGCACUUUCCGCGCUGAUUUUCUCCCAGCACAGUGUAAAUCCGCACAUCAUCUCUUGUAAUCGUCUGCUGCUAUUACAUGGUCCUCCGGGCACUGGCAAGACCAGCUUAUGCAAAGCUCUAGCGCAAAAAUUAGCUAUUCGUGUGCGUCGUACUUUUCGUCAUACACAUCUCAUAGAAAUCAAUAGCCACAGUCUAUUUUCAAAAUGGUUUUCAGAGAGCGGGAAAUUAGUUAUGCGUCUUUUUGCAAAAAUACGCGAAAUUGUUAUCGAUCCUAACAAUCUAGUGUGUGUAUUAAUUGAUGAAGUUGAAUCGCUCGCCUAUGCGCGUGAUUGCAUGUCUGGACAAGAACCAAAGGAUGCAAUGCGCGUGGUGAAUGCAUUGUUGACUCAACUCGAUGCCAUUAAAGAGCAUCCAAAUGUUUUAAUAUUGGCAACGUCCAAUUUAGCUGAAACCAUUGAUUUGGCAUUCUUAGAUCGUGCCGACAUCAAACAGUACAUUGGAUUACCAAGUGCUGCGGCUGUAAAACGCAUUUACGUAACUAUGUUAACGGAAAUGAUGCGCAUUGGAAUAAUAAAUGAACAAUCACUAACUGAGGACGAACGACAUGAAGGAUUGUUAUCAGCAUUAGCCGAGCGUAGCAAUGGUUUGAGCGGGCGCACUUUGCGAAAACUACCAUUUUUGGCACAUGCAGUGCAUACAGCCAGUUCAGAUUAUGAUCUGGAUGGAAAAAUUCGAUUGAGCGACUUUUUAGAUGCAAUGCUGGCAGCACUUGAACAACAUCAUUGCGAUCAAAAGCUGAUGAAGAACUAAAAAAACAUUGAUACAAUUUUUUUACACAUUUGUUUUUCAUUUUUAUAAUUUUAGAACUAAAUUAUGGCACUGCUUAUAGUCAUACAGUUAU